GUGUGCUGACCAAUCUUGGACUCCUCGUGGAUGACCUUUCGGGGGAGAGAAAUUCUCACACCGCAGUUUUAUGAGAUAGCAAGUUAAUUUCUGAGAGGAUUUAAUUCUGGCUUAAUCACCAGACGUUUAUGUUUAAAAGAAUCUCAGAGCUGGAAGACUUCAGAGGCCAUCUAGUGUGCCGUGCCUGAACCGGCGUCCCCUCUACGGCAGGCCUACCUGACCAGCGAACAGCCAGCCUUUGCUUGAAGACAAGCACCCAGUGCAAUGCCUUGCACAUGUGAUUACUCCUUGCUGUUGAAUCAUGGGGGAAAUUGAAGGCACUUACAGAGUCCUAGAGACUCCAGGAAGCCGUUUGGGGGGGCCGAAUCACACGGGGGUCAGCACCUUGGAGCCGGGGCAAAGUCUGUCCUCAGCCAUGGCGAAGACGUCUGCCAAACUGCAAGAGAAAGACCUUGCUGCUAUCAGAGUCAAGUUGCUGGACAAUGCCAUCGAGAUACUCCACGUGGAGCCCAAAUGCUAUGGACAGAUCCUGUUAACAGAGGUGUUUAAACAUUUAAAUUUGAUUGAAUCAGAUUACUUUGGAUUGGAAUUCCAGAAUGUCCAGUCUUAUUGGAUUUGGCUUGAACCGAUGAAACCCAUCAUUAAACAAAUACGAAGACCAAAGAACACAGUUCUUCGGCUAGCUGUCAAAUUUUUCCCACCUGACCCUGGACAGUUGCAAGAAGAGUACACAAGAUAUUUGUUUGCCCUCCAAAUCAAGAGAGACUUAGCAGAGAAGCGACUCCCCUGCAGUGACAACACGGCCGCCCUCCUCACUUCUCAUCUCUUGCAGUCUGAGAUAGGGGACUACGAAGAAAAUGCAGAUCGAGAGCAUCUUAAAAUCAAUAACUAUGUACCGAACCAAGAACAAAUUCAAGAGAAGAUCAUAGAACACCAUCGAGAACACAGGGGCCAAACACCCGCUGAGUCAGAUUUCCAGGUACUUGAAAUUGCUAGGAAGUUAGACAUGUAUGGGAUCAAGUUUCACCUGGCCUCUGAUCGAGAGGGGACCAAAAUUCACCUUGCUGUUUCUCACAUGGGUGUACUCGUAUUCCAGGGGAACACCAAAAUUAACACCUUCAAUUGGUCCAAAGUCCGUAAACUGAGCUUUAAGAGGAAAAGGUUUCUUAUUAAACUUCACCCAGAAGUUCAUGGCCCAUAUCAGGAUACAUUGGAAUUUCUCUUGGGGAGUAGAGAUGAGUGUAAGAACUUCUGGAAGAUUUGUGUAGAAUACCAUACCUUUUUCAGGCUUUUUGAUCAGCCCAAGCCAAAAGCUAAAGCUGUCUUCUUCAGCCGAGGGUCUUCAUUCAGAUACAGUGGGAGAACCCAAAAACAACUGGUGGACUUUGUUAAAGACAGUGGGAUAAAGAAAAUGCCCUAUGAAAGAAGGCACAGCAAGGCUCGAAUCACUGCUCGAACUUUGAAUAAGGAUUUGCCAAAACAGAGCAUCUCAUUUACCGAGGGCUUGAGACUUCCUGGCUCACCGUGUUCUACAAAUGCCUCCUUUUAUUCCGUCCCUACUUCUUCUGUGACCCCUGCUGACCUGCCCAUCUGCAUGGACAGCAGCAGUUCCUUCAUGGCCUCCAAGGCCGUCUCCUUGAAGAGCUCGCUGGCAGAAAGGAGCAGCAUGACAUCAGCUGAAGAAGCUGACAAGAGAACGGUCCAACCACGUGGAUCUCCAAUCCUCCAGUCAUUUCAAGGCCUCUCGGAGGACAGCUCUCCACUGUCUCCCUUCAUGCUGAAGAGUUCACUGAGUUUGAACCCAGCCUUUCAGGUGUCUCUGAGUCCAACUGGACAGGGCUCAUCCCCUCUCCUAAGCCCUGUCCUAGGUGAUGCUGGUUGUGUCAGAGUUGAAGAUGAGGAUGAAACAGAACACCAGAAAUUGGUGAGAACCAACAACAUUCGAAAGCGUACCCCAACAGAUAAUGCAUAUUUUAUAGCCAAGGAGAUUCUUGCUACUGAACGAACAUACUUGAAGGAUUUAGAAGUCAUUACUGUGUGGUUCCGCAGCGCAGUCAUCAAGGAGGAGGCCAUGCCAGGGACACUGAUGACGCUGCUCUUCUCCAACAUCGACCCUAUCUAUGAGUUCCACAGAGGAUUCCUGAGGGAGAUUGAACAGCGACUGGCUCUCUGGGAAGGAGCCUCCAGUACCCACGAGAAAGGCAACCUCCAGCGCAUUGGCGACAUCAUGCUUAAGAACAUGCAGAGUCUGAAGGAGUUCACCAGCUACCUUCAGAAACAUGACGAGGUUCUUACGGAACUGGAAAAAGCUACCAGAUGCCUCAAGAAACUGGAGAUGGUCUAUAAGGAAUUUGAACUUCAGAAAGUUUGCUACUUGCCUCUCAACACUUUCCUACUCAAGCCCAUUCAGAGACUGAUUUACUACAAGUUGGUCCUUGGGCGGUUAUGCAAACACUACCUGCCAGGCCACCCGGACUAUCCGGAUUGCAAGAGUGCCCUCCGUGAGAUCUCUGAUAUGACAUCGCAGCUGCAAAACAGCCUCCUCCGCUUGGAGAAUUUCCAGAAACUCACAGAGCUUCAGCAUGACUUGGUCGGCAUUGACAACCUCAUCAUCCCAGGCAGGGAAUUCAUCCGGGAAGGCUGUCUAUACAAGCUGACCAGGAAGGGCUUCCAGCAAAGAAUGUUCUUUCUGUUCUCAGACAUGUUGUUGUACACAAGCAAAGGAGUGACGGGUACCAACCAUUUCAAAAUCCAUGGUCAGCUGCCUCUGCAUGGCAUGCUGUUAAUAGUGCUGGACCCACCGGUGGAAGAGAGUGACAACGAGUGGUCCGUGCCGCACUGUUUCACCAUCUACUCCAUCCCAAAGACCAUUGUUGUGGCAGCCAGCACGCGCCUAGAAAUGGGCAAAUGGAUGGGGGAUUUGAGCCUCGCGAUUGAGGUGGCCAAGUCUGGUGACAAGCCCCCAGUGCUCCUGGACAGCUGCAUGAGCGGCAGCUCCAACAGACCCUCGGGCGAGGUCUCUCUAGAACAGGAAUCAGAAGAGGAUGCUCACUCCUCCCAUAGCUCCCUGGACAGGCAGAAUCCGCACCGGGCCAAUACCACCAUGCACGUGUGCUGGUACCGCAACACCAGUGUCUCCAUGACUGACCACAGUGUGGCCAUUGAGAACCAGCUCUCAGGGUACCUGCUGAGAAAGUUCAAGAACAGCAGCGGCUGGCAGAAGCUCUGGGUGGUGGUCACCAAUUUCUGCCUCUUCUUCUACAAAACUCACCAGGAUGAUUACCCACUGGCCAGUCUUCCCCUGCUGGGCUACACGGUCAGUGUCCCUGGGCAGGCCGAUGGCCUUCACAAAGAUUUCGUCUUCAAGCUUCAGUUCAAAUCUCAUGUCUACUUCUUCAGGGCUGAGAGCAAAUACACAUUUGAGAGGUGGAUGGAAGUGAUCAAGAGAGCGACCAAUUCUCCUGGGAGGACCAGCCUGGUGAUGGCCCCGGGGGACGACAAAGCCACCCACACAAACUGACGGAGGCGUCUCAGGUCCCCUGUGGAGGCCGAGCCGGGAAUUAUUAAUAAAGGGGAAAGGGAGAACACGUGUGUGCUGGAUAAGGAGUCACGGGAGGGGCUGGGACCGCAAAGGCCAGCAGCGACAGAGAAGGGAAGAGUGACUGGCAAGGAAGCUGGGGCCACUCCUGCCUUGAGUGCGAGGACUUAGAGUGGCUUUCACCAUCAGGUCUUGGGGAAGUGUUUAGAGCUGGAGAGGCCCAGCUAAGUGAGGGGACUCGUCCAAGGUCACCCAGAUGGCUCAUCCACCAGAUUCUGGGUCCAGCUCCCCUCGUCGUGGAGCACACGGUUCUAGGUAUUUCCUCUAGACUUCCCCGACCCUCAGGGUGUUUAGAAAGCUUGGGAGUGUGAUGGGCCUGCCUGGGCCCCUAUGGCAGAUGUGUGUGGGGACUCUGACCAUAUCAGGGAUGGCAUCACAUUCCAUCUCCACAUGGGCUAGAAGAGCCCCAAGAGAUGGCUUGGUAGAGUUGGCGGAGCUUUGCUGUAUGUCGACGUGGGCAACGAAUGUCGGACGGAGGCUCGGCUGGGAAGCAGCCUUUGAAGGUGUCCUUGAUUUCAGUUUCCUUGUUUGUAAAAAGAGUGGAUCCCACCUCCCACCUCCCUCCUUCCUCCUCAGUUUGGGGUGAGGAGUGAGCAGAGUGCACAGUAUUGGACGUUUUUGAGCAGAAAGGUGCCAGUUCCACUGGGCUCUGGCCAAAUGACCACAGGCCCCAAGCCCCAGGACCAAGCGUGUGCCCAUGGAGGAUCUCAUCUCCGUCAGGCCUGAGGCAAAGGCACCUGGGAGCCCCCCCAGCCCAGGUGGAGGGAGCUGCAUCCCAGAGGAGGCCCCGAGAUGACUCCAGGACAGGUGUGAGAGGGAGGGCCUAAGGCCUGAGGGCCGGACUGGGCGUGGGGGUCUGCACUGUGAGGGGCUUCCUUCACUGGGACCCCUUUCCAUCCCUCUUCCAGGAAGUCAAAGGCCAAAGCUUCAGGUUGUUACCACGUGUCCUAACGAGGGAAGAUCCGUUAGAAACAAAACGCUUCGUUAAUUUAUUGGGGACUGCCCUAACUCUUUCCAUAGUUGGAUUGAGAUGUACAGUUGUGUAUGUUUGUACUAGACAGAACCUGGUUACAAGCUAACGUGUAAACGUAAGUAGAAAUAAACACCAUCUUGCUGCAAUUAAAGCUCGUCGUCUCUUUUCUCAGCUUAGACACUGCCUGCUACUCUCGUGAAUGAAGCGCUUUGAAAGGAGAUUCUUUCCUCAUUCUUGGCUCUGAGUAGGAAGCAGGAUCCGGGUGAAUGGCCGACCCCCAGGUCCACUGUGACUAAUGCCAUGACUUUGCUGAGCUGUCCCUGGCACCGGUGCCUCCGUGUGUCCACAGGACUGAGGAGGCAGCUGGG